CUCAUACAAUUACAAGAUCUUGAUGAUGCAAGUAAUAUUUCUGCUGUAAUUGAAUAUGAAGCUCUUAUUCAAUUAGAAAAUAGACUUUUACUAAGUAGAAAAUCUUUAAAAGAUUUUUUUGAUAUAUCAAUUUCUCCUAUUAUUUCAAAUAUCAGUAAUAAUGAAAAAGCAUUAAAUCACUUGAUACGUAAAAAGAAAUUCUAUAAUAUAACAGACUUACAAGCUGAAUUAUAA